AUGGCCUCGGUGGCGCCGGAGGUUGAGAAGAAGGAGGAGGAGGAGCAGGUGGUGAACCCGUGGGAGGUGUCGGCGGGGAAGGGCGGCAUCGACUACGACAAGCUGGUCGACCAGUUCGGCUGCCAGCGCCUGGACGCCCCGCUCAUCGACCGCAUCGCGCGACUCACCGGCCGCCCCCCGCACCGCUUCCUCCGCCGCGGCCUCUUCUUCGCCCACCGGGAUUUGAACGAGAUACUGGACAUCUACGAGAAGGGGGACAAGUUCUACCUCUACACGGGGAGAGGGCCCUCCUCAGAGGCGUUGCAUCUCGGACACCUCGUCCCCUUCAUGUUCACCAAAUAUUUGCAGGAUGCUUUCAAGGUUCCUCUGGUGAUACAGCUAACUGAUGAUGAGAAGUUCCUGUGGAAAAAUUUGACGGUAGAGGAAAGUAAAAGGCUUGCGCGUGAAAAUGCAAAAGACAUUAUAGCAUGCGGAUUUGAUGUUGAAAGGACUUUUAUAUUCUCUGAUUUUAAUUUUGUUGGCGGUGCCUUUUACGAAAACAUGGUUAAAGUGGCCAGAUGUGUGACAUAUAAUAAAGUUGUCGGAAUAUUUGGAUUCACUCCAGAGGAUCACAUUGGAAAGAUUAGCUUUCCUCCUGUGCAAGCAGUUCCAUCAUUCCCUUCUUCAUUUCCCAAACACUUUUCUGGCAAUGACCAACUACGGUGCCUGAUACCUUGUGCAAUAGACCAGGAUCCUUAUUUCAGGAUGACCCGUGAUGUUGCUCCAAGAAUUGGUUACCAGAAGCCAGCACUGAUUGAGUCAAGAUUUUUCCCUGCCCUUCAGAGAAUGCCAGAAGCUUGGCGCCACUUCAUCCAUCCGGCUUUGAUUCGAUGGUUCACAUCUUCAUCAAUACCCCCAUCCUCCUGCAACAUUGACCCCAAAUACCGAAAGGUGUCCUUCCGAGUUCUACUAAGCCUAAACCCUUUCGAUUCCAAGGGGGAGAACACGAAAAUGUCAGCUAGUGAUCCAAAUUCUGCUAUAUAUGUGACCGAUAGUACUAAAUAUAUAAAGACAAAGGUGAAUAAAUAUGCAUUCUCAGGUGGCCAGGACUCUGUAGAACUUCAUAGAAAACUUGGAGCUAACCUUGAGGUACACCCUUUUCCUGUUGUUUUGACACAUACUAACAAUAAAUUGACACAGGUUGAUGUCUCAAUUAAGUACCUGAACUUCUUCCUUGAAGACGAUGAUGAGCUCGAGCGCAUAAAGAAGGCGUACAAGGAAGGAAGGAUGCUGACGGGUGAAGUGAAGCAGCUUCUGGUUACGGUUCUUUCUGAGAUGGUUGAAAGGCACAAAAGAGCUAGAGCUCGAGUUACCGAGGAGGAGCAACAUAUGAAGUUUCAGGAUUUAGUUGUAACUAUUAAUGUCAACCUGGCCGCUCAAUCCUGUAUGGCAGCCACUGAUUUUGCAAAAUCAGCAUGUGAUAUGUUUGUUUUCAAGCUUGCUCGAUCACUGCAAAGAUUUCUAUUUAUUGGAAUUAGGGAACACACACGUGUUUUUUUUGAAACCGAGGCAAAAGAUUUGCCUCGUAUAUUAAUUAAGAGGGGAGAGAGUACAACACAUGGCAGUUACAACUUUGCUUGUCAGAUUGGGACAUACAACGUAAAAAGACUACUCUCGCGGCAUGAUGUCGUUCAGCUGUCUUGCUCCGGCGGUGACCCAAGUCUUGGCCUUGUCUUUGAUGAGUUUGAGAAUGUAGAACGGCGGUGUGGACUUCUUCCUGAAAACCCGGCCGUUCCAAAUAGUCCAAGUGACAAGCAUAGUGAGCGUGGCCCUGGCCUUAUGAUGAAAGAGAUGUCAAUGUUCAUCGACCAACUUUUCACGGUGUGUUCAGAUGACAACCGGUCCAUUUCCAGUUCUCCCAACCCAAGCCAUUCCUUAAUCAUCCUCCAUCUGAGCAGGGUAAAGCGGCAUUUGUAA